GGAGGUCACAUGUCAGUGCUUCGGAAGCGGCCAGGAGCUACAAUGUAGUUUAAAGUUAACACAUCUGGACUAAGAGGAGCAUCAAAACCGCAAAAAAACAUCAUGAUGCGAGUUUGUGAUGCAUGUGCUUUAGUUUAAGCGGUUUCAGGAAGGCAGCGGACAUGGCUGCUGCUGCUGCUGUUUUAUUCCUAGCUGUUGUGACCUGCCCAGCUGUCUUUGGAAAUGUGGUCUCUGUGAAAAGAAGUUUCUCCAUUGACUACAAAAACAGCUGCUUCCUGAAAGAUGGGAAGCCUUUUCAGUACAUCUCAGGUAGUAUCCACUACUCCAGAAUACCACGCUACUACUGGAAGGACCGUCUUAUGAAGAUGUACAUGACAGGACUCAAUACUAUCCAAGUGUAUGUGCCUUGGAACUUCCACGAACCAGUUCAGGGAGUCCACAACUUCACAGGAGACAGGGAUCUGGAGCAUUUUUUAGGUUUGGCCAACCAGAUGGGCCUUUUGGUGAUCCUGCGUCCGGGACCGUACAUCUGUGCAGAAUGGGAAAUGGGUGGAUUGCCAGCGUGGUUACUUCAAAAACCAAACAUCAUUCUUCGCUCCACAGACACAGAUUACAUGCAGGCAGUCAGCAACUGGCUGUCUGUGCUCCUCCCCAAAAUGAAACGAUGGCUCUAUAUAAAUGGAGGUAACAUCAUUUCUGUCCAGGUUGAGAAUGAAUAUGGAAGUUACUUCGCCUGCGACUACAACUACAUGCGUCACCUGCGAGCGCUGUUCCGCUUCUUUCUGGGCGAGGACAUCAUCCUGUUCACCACCGAUGGAAACACAGACAAAGAAAUGAUAUGUGGGACACUGGACGGAUUAUAUGCCACGAUAGACUUUGGCACAGACACCAAUAUAUCUGAAGCCUUCAAACGCCAGCGACGGUUUGAGCCAAAUGGACCGCUGGUUAACUCGGAGUUCUACACGGGAUGGUUGGACCACUGGGGAGAUCGGCACGCUGUGGUUGAUGCUCAGAAGGUCAGCAGAAUGCUUGGAGAAAUGCUAACCAUGGGGGCCAACGUCAACAUGUACAUGUUUGAAGGAGGAACUAACUUUGGCUACUGGAAUGGUGCUGAUCACGACUCCAGGUUCCGGUCAGUAGUCACGAGUUACGAUUACGAUGCCCCGCUGACCGAGGCAGGAGACCCCACAGAGAAGCUGUUGGCCAUCAGAGAUGUCAUAUCGCAGUUUGGAAAGGUUCCCUCUGGCCCGAUGCCACCAGCAACUCCCAAAUUUGCAUAUGGCUUUGUGACAUUGAAAAAGGUGGGAAACGUGAGCAGUUUGUUGGAUGUGAUUUCUCCGCUGGGGCCGGUCAAGUCUGAGUAUCCUCUGACAUUUGAAGAGGUGAAACAGUACUAUGGAUACAUGCUGUAUCGGACCACGCUGCCCCAGGACCUCUCAGAGCCCACGCCACUUAUAUCUCCACUGAAUGGGGUUCAUGACCGUGCAUAUGUGUCCGUCAAUGGGGUUUUUCAGGGCCUGCUGCAGAGAGACACAGCGUUGGUGAUGAACGUCACGGGUCACCAGGGGGACACUGUAGACAUCCUCGUUGAAAAUAUGGGCAGGGUUAACUUUGGCAGCAAGAUCAAUGACUACAAGGGUCUGGUGGGGACCUUGGUAUUGGGUAAAGACUUAUUAACUAACUGGCAGAUCUACCCUCUGGACAUUGAUGGGGCCAUUGCUGGAGGAUGGCCUCAUUCCCACAGUCAGAAGUCCUCCCCUCCGAGAGAACCUUCAGCUGGACCAAGCUUUUACACGGGGACUUUGCCACCAAACGGCCUGGCACGGGACACCUUUCUCAGGCUAAAUGAGUGGACAAAGGGUCAGGUUUGGAUCAACGGGGUGAACUUGGGACGGUACUGGCCGGCCAGAGGCCCCCAGCAAACGCUGUAUGUCCCGGGACCCGUGCUCAGCACUAACCUGCCCAACAACAUCACGGUGCUGGAGCUGGAAGGAGCCCCAACACACCUGCGGGUCCUGUUUAUGGACAGGCCUCAGAUCAGCAACGCCACUGGGAAGUCUUGACACCAGUUUCAUCCCAGCAACUGUUAAAAAAACAUCCGUAUGAGCGAUCAUUAGGUUUGGCUUAGGCAAAGUAGUUGUAAACCUGCGCGAGUAUUAUUGAACAGGAACGAUGCUUUGUUGUACAUAAUUUCUGUGAUACUGUAUCACUUCAGAUGUCAGUUUUAUAUUUUGCCAGUUAAAAAAAAAAAAAAAAUCUAACUGAAUGUGGUUUUUAUAAACCUACCACAAUGAGUUAGUAUAAUUUGAUUUUAUUAAGUGACAUUUUUAAAUUUAUUGCAUCUUUCUUUUUAAAUUCCAUUUCAAUAAUUUCUUAAUUACUCAUACUGUAAAUAAAUCGUACAUUCAUUUCAUGAUAUUCAAAUGCAGUAUUGCCAUCCAGUUGUCUCAGGUUAUUUGCCACAAUAAAAAGACAUUUGAAA